GCGACGAAACGAAGAUCAUAUCUUCAAAAACCUCUGAUAAGUUUUGGUUCUUGAUAUAAACAAAAUGGGAAGAUCACCGUGUUGCGAUCAAGACAAAGGCGUGAAGAAAGGACCGUGGCUGCCAGAAGAAGAUGAUAAGCUCACUGCUUAUAUAAACGAGAAUGGUUAUGGGAAUUGGCGGUCGCUUCCUAAGCUCGCUGGACUUAACCGCUGUGGCAAGAGCUGUCGGCUCCGGUGGAUGAAUUAUCUCCGGCCUGAUAUCCGGAGAGGCAAAUUUUCCGAUGGAGAAGAGAGUACUAUCGUUAGACUCCAUGCCCUCCUUGGCAACAAAUGGUCGAAAAUUGCGGGUCAUCUUCCAGGAAGAACAGAUAAUGAAAUUAAAAACUAUUGGAACACUCAUAUGAGGAAGAAGUUAUUGCAAAUGGGGAUUGAUCCAGUGACGCACGAGCCAAGAACCAACGAUCUUAGCCCUAUCCUCGAUGUUUCUCAAAUGCUCGCGGCAGCAAUCAACAAUGGCCAAUUUGGUAACAAUAACCUCCUCAACAAUAACACCGCUUUGGAAGAUAUUCUUAAACUCCAAUUGAUCCAUAAAAUGCUUCAAAUCAUAACCCCCAAAGCCAUACCAAACAUCAGUAGCUUCAAGACCAAUUUACUGAAUCCUAAACCAGAACCGGUAGUCAAUAGCUUCAAUACCAAUUCAGUGAAUCCUAAACCGGAUCCCCCGGCUGGUCUUUUCAUAAACCAAAGUGGAAUCACUCCUGAGGCCGCCUCGGAUUUCAUUCCAUCUUAUGAAAAUGUUUGGGAUGGUUUUGAAGAUAACCAGCUUCCUGGUUUGGUUACGGUUUCUCAAGAGAGUUUAAAUACAGCAAAACCGGGUACCAGUACGACCACCAAGGUAAAUGAUCAUAUCAGAACCGGUAUGAUGCCGUGUUACUAUGGUGAUCAACUACUAGAAACCCCAUCUACUGGUUCGGUAUCGGUCUCUCCCGAGACAACCAGUUUGAACCAUCCCAGUACAGCUCAACACUCAUCCGGUUCAGAUUUCCUAGAGGACUGGGAGAAGUUUCUUGAUGAUGAAACAAGUGAUUCUUGCUGGAAAAGUUUCUUAGAGUAAGAUCUAUCUCCGCAUUGAUUAACAUAGUAUAUGAUUUAUAUUUAUGGUUUAUUAACAGAAUUGUUUUAUCUAAUCUGCAGCUUAACGUCACCCACAUCGUCACCUGUCCCAUGGUAGAACUGGAUUUUGUUCGGGUCGUAUACUCAUAGUUUUAAAGACAAUACAUACACAAAGAUAUUCGAUUAAUACUCUUAAUUUUGUUUGUUAUUAAAUAUUGAUUUAAAGUUUGUAUAUUUUCUUGUAAAGGAAUUCUUAUUUGUAAUUUGUUCUUAUUUGGUUUGGUUGUUGUGUAAAGAAACACAUUGUAAUCACCAUUCUAUUAUUGCCCAUUUAAUAACAAUAUUUUGGA